UAAUUCUAUUAAUCUCUCUCCUCUUUCUCUUUCUCUCUCUGGAAUUUCUCUUCUCUUCUUCUUCUCUUGUCGCUCACUUCCUCCCUUCCUCUUCUUCCAUCUCGAUCCAUCGCCGCAAAAUCACCGCCAAGAUUUCUAUUUCAAGCAAUUCUGUUGAUCGAUUCUCCCUCCGCCAUUCGAUCCGCACAGUUCCUGAUCACAAAUUCAAAACCCUAAAUUUAUUUUUCAUUUCAUUUCUAUCAUGGCAUAGCUGUUUGAUUAGGCACAAAAACCCUCAGGUUCUGGUCCCUUUGGAUUUUCCUCCGAGCUAAAUCAAAUGGGUAGUUUGCAAGUUUUUGAUUUGAAUAUCUUUUUCCCAUGAAUCUGGUUUCGAUUUUGUGCGGCGAAGUGUAUAUAUAUCAUUGAAGGAGAGAGCUUCGUUUUUUCGAUUUUCUUGGUGGUGGGUAUUGCGCGAUUUUCUUAAAGGUGGAAGCUUGGGAGGGUUUUGGAUGAUGGGUCUUGUUGAUUGAGCUGGAUCACAGAGUGGAAUUGCCUGUGUAAAUUGGUUCUGGUUUUAGGGUUUUCAUAGAUUUGAAGAUUUUCAGAAGGGGUUGAUGGAUAAGUAGGGAUUUGACCUUGUUCUUGCACUAGAAUAGAGGCUUUAUCUGUUUUGUAUUGGGAGAAGGAGAGUUACUUGGUCAACUAUAGUUCUCUUGAGUGUGAGCUUGUUUUAUGGAUUGUAUAAGUGAUGAUGAUGGCUAGUGCUCUUUGUGGUUAAUACUUGGCAUUAUCUAUCGGUUGGAAAUAAUUUGGCAUUCUUCAUUAAAGCAUAAUUUUGGGCUUAGAGAACAAAAUGAGCUUAGAAAAUGAAGAUAAAAACUUGCUGGAUGUUGCAGCUGAUCAUGGAUUGGAAAAGAAGUCGAAAAUUUCAUACACAAGAGAAUUUCUAUUAUCGUUAAGUGGAUUGGAUAUAUGCAAAGAGUUGCCCAGUGGGCUUGACCGAUCACUUUUAAGUGGAUUUGAAGAUGCUUCCCAAGACCGACAGAGAAGUACAGGUGGUUUGUCAACACUCAGUUUCAGACGCAGUGAAUAUGGUUCAUCCCCUCCCACUAGAGGGGAUAUAAGUAGCUUUUCCCGAGGAAGCCAUGGAAAAUGGGACUCUCGUUCUUCAGGGCGGUCUGAUAGAGACAGUGAUUCACAAUCUGAGUUGGAUUCAGACUCUGGAAAACGUUUUGGGAACCCGUCACGUAGAUCAUGGCAAGGUCCCGAGCAUGAUGGACUUUUAGGUAGUGGUUCGUUUCCAAGACCAUCUGGCUAUGCGCCUGGGUCGUCUGCUCCAAAGUUUCGAGCUAAUGACAACUACCAAUCAAAUCGGUCUAAUGAGCCCUAUCAGCCUCCUCGCCCUUAUAAGGCACCUCAUGCACGCAGGGAGAAUACCGACACUUUAAAUGAUGAAACUUUUGGUUCAUUGGAGUGUACAAGCGAUGACAGGGCAGAAGAAGAAAGGAAGAGAAGAGAUGCUUUUGAAAUGAUGAGAAAGGAACAACAUAAAGCUUUCCAAGAAAAGCAUAAGUUGAACCCAGACAAGAAUAAAGGAGAUUUUGACUUCGCUUCACUUGUUGACGAUGGUGAGAAAAGGCUAGUUAAUCGAAGCAAUGAGUCAGUGGAGCCUCCUUUGACAGUAGCAGCUCUAAGCAAUGAUGAGACAUCUUCUCUCCUCUCACAUACUACAGCAAGACCACUUGUACCACCUGGUUUUGCAAGCACAAUGUUGGAACGGAAUUUGGUGACCAAAUCAUCCUCUUUCACUCACACACCAGAGGUUGGACAACUUGAGCCUGGGGAGAUCAGAGGUAACCAUGUUUUCAGUGUAAACUCUGAAAAUAAAGAAGGAAAAUUAACAACCAAGCAAGUUGUUGAUGAUCAGCAGAGUUUCCAAAGUACAGAUCUAAAUGUUUCAGUUAACAAUGAAAAAAAUCAGAUUUUAAAUUUAUCAUCUGCUGUGGAUGUUCUCGACAUUAAAAUUGGUAAGGGUGAUCAAGUGAGGAAGAGAUCUGCACUUUCAGAAGCAUUGGAAGCAUCAGAUGACAGUAAAUUGGUUCAACUUGAUGCGGAAGUAAAAGGAAAGGAGGCUGAAGGAGAUUUCAAUCCUGAGAAUUCAAGUUCUAUCCUAUACAAGCUUUUUGGGAAUGCUUCAACACUAACCGGUGGCAAAUCAACUAGUAUUGUUGAGAAGCCUGAUCCUAAAGCAGAUGAGACAUGGAGUCCACGUGCCUUCCAAUCCUCAAAGUUUGCUCAUUGGUUUGUUGAAGAAGAAAAGAAGCCUGUGGAUGACUUAACACCUAGGCCAAAUGACUUGCUCUCGCUUAUUGUUGGUGGUGAAAAGGGUGGGUUGCAGGUUUCCGAUGUAGAGAUAACCCAGAACAUUGCAGCCAAUUUUAAUUUCCAAAAUUCUGAACCUGUUGGUGAGCAUGUAUCAUCAAAUGUAGCUCUUUCCACUAUUAAUAGCUCUGAGAAAUUAUACAAGAGUGACAAACCAGAGGUUAUACCAGCAGUUCUUACAUGUGAAGAUCUCGAACAGUCAAUACUGUCACAAGUUAGCGAAAAUAGUUCAGCAUAUCAGCAGCCCAUGCAGGGUAGAGGACUUGAUGCACAGACUAAGCAGUCAACUUCAAUCGAUAAUCAUGCAUCCCUACAACUCCUUUCUCUGUUACAGAAAGGAACCGUGCAUACAGAUAAAGAACUAUCAUCUGCUUUAGAUUUUACUAACAAGGUGCCAAACACUGAAGGAGUCCCUACUGGCGACAUUCUUGAUAAUCCCGGAGAAACAAAUUCAGAUGUUUCUGAUUCAUCGAAGGCAUUGACGCUGGAAACACUUUUUGGGUCAGCUUUUAUGAAGGAACUACAAUCAGUUGGAGCACCCCUUUCUGUUCAAAGAGGUUCAGUUGGAUCUGUUGCGGUUGAUGUUUCGGAGUCUACUUUGUCUCAUUUCCCUGCCUCAAACAAUGUUCAUCCUCCUACUGGUGAAGUUACACUGAACAGGCAUGGGAGCGGUGUCCUGCCAUCAGAAAAAACUAAUCAACCCAAAUCAAAUAGAUUUGAAGAGCAGUGGUUAGGCUAUGGUGAUUCUCAGGGAGAUGUUAAUUCUUCACUACUUCAAAGUGAUAUUUCCAAGGCUAGUGGUUUUGUUGGGCCUCGUGAUAUUCACCUUCCUGAAGAAGAUAGCUUGAUUGCAGUUGGUGACCCUCUGCAAAACUUUUUAUCUGCUGGAAAUUCAGUUAAAGCAAAUUUGGCCCAUGACACAUCAGUUGAUAUCACUAGAAAACUGGCAGCUUUGAAUCCUGCAUUUAGAGAUGAAAGAUUUAUGAGAAAUCAAGAAGGUCUAGCAUACCCUCAUGGUGCUUAUGAUAUUAUGAGGGAACCUGGUAUUCCGUAUCAGAAUCUUAAUGUCCAACGAUCUCCGCAGCUCCUCCCCUCUCAGUUGAAUCAUCUUGGUCCCAUGUACAAUCAACUUGAUACUCAUCCUCCUCAUAAUAGUUCUUAUAUGAAACUUACAACUCCUGAGGGCAUGGUUCAUCAUGGCUCUCCACCAAAUCCUCAAUUUCCAGGAAAUACACUUCGUCCUCCUUUCCACCAAUCAAGUAGCGGGCUUACUGGGUUUGAUCCUCCUGCUCAUCAUUCUAUGUUACAGCAAAUGCACAUGCCCGGGAACCUUCCUCCACAUUUAUUGCGAGGAUUUCCUAGGGGUCCUCCGCUGCCUCCUCACCCAAGCAAUCCUAUGAAUAGUUUCAUGCAGGAACCAAACCCAAUGCAAGGCUUCCCAUUUAAUGGUCACCAGCAUCCUACUUUUGGUGGCCCUGGAAUGCAGUUGCAAGCUCCUGAGGUUGCUGGUGGAAGAAAUCAUCCAGAAGCACUUCAGAGGCUUUUUGAGAUGGAGCGCAGGUCAAAAUCAAAGCCGAUUCGUGCUUCAGGGCCUGGCCAGGGGAUGUAUGGUCAAGAGCUAGACUUAGGUUUCGGGUAUAGAUAGGUGUAUUAUCAUUGUUGAUGUGUAUACUAGAUUGUAUUCACCUCUUGUGAUGUUCUAUAACUCCUGCAUGAAGGAUGGGUUUCAUAUGUUUUUCUUUGAAAAAAUUAACUGUGCUGUAAUUAACGAGUCUUAUGGAUUUGCAUUUUACUGGGAUUUCAAAUUGUUGCCUUCCUUUUCAA